AGGCUUGCGAAGUUUGUGUAAACAGUAAAGAAGAUUGUGCAAACUUUCAAGGGAUUAACGUGCCUUAUUGAAGUGCUAAAAGAAUUCUCUACUCAAGCGCGCGUGGCUUUUCAUUUGCCGGUUGCCAAGGUGAUAUUUGGCAACUGACGUGAUAAAAGUGUCCGGCUCGCGCGGGUGUUCAACACGCGCUUCUCAAAAGCGCCAGUUGAGUGGGGUAACUUCAAGAAAAACUCUUCAUUCUGAAAAUAUUUGGAUCUUAAGCUACUAGAUACCAAUUUACGGAGCUGGCUGAUGCUUUAUGAAGACUCUACAUGCUCUUAGAGGAAAAUUUUUCGAUUGCUUUUGCACGCUUUGGUGCCUUGUAAAGCUCAAAGAGUUUACAUACUGAAGAUGGAGGAAUGAACGGCCCUCCUUCUGAAAGAAAGGCAUCGAUGGGGAAAGAAGAGCGAUCAAAAGACAGAAAACAGCAUCUGCUUCCUUUCUUGAAGCAAACAAGAUCGAAGAAAUCCAUAAACCUUGCACAGAGUCCUGAUCAGAGUAAUCAUCGCACAGGAAAUGCCCACCCAAGCAGUACAUUUGGGAAUGGAUACCUAAGCAAGAAUGAACUCAUUCUCAAGUAUACUGAGGGAAAACCUCUUUUACGAGGACAACAGAGGGUUACAAGCAUUCUUCCAGGAACUUUACCACAGCUUGGUCCAGACAAACAUCACAGCCAGGCAGAUGACACCGCUACUAAAGAAGGGAAGAAGUUCUCUGACCAGCUGCCGCAAUUACUAAACCAGCAGAAUAUUCUCAAAAGUUCAUCAAGUAAACAGGCGCAGAAUCUUAACUUAGGUGAAUUCAGCAAACAAGGAUCCAAGAGACACUCAACUCUCAUAACCAACAGCGAGAAUGAAUCUUUCACCCGCAUUCGCCGAGAUCCUAACGGGCACAAACUUCCCAUGUCACCAAGUGUUGCCAUUAAGAACUACGGGGAUAAGAUGUCCACAUUUGAGCAAUCAGAAAUCCUGGAUUUCCCAGACGUAUGGUUUCUUGGUUUGGAGGCGAAGAAGAUAGAAGGUGUGCCGGGAGCUCCGCAAAAUAAUGGGUACGAUGACGAGAAUGGCAGCUACCUUAAAGCCUUACACGAUCACCUUGUGUACAGAUAUGAAGUGCUGGAGGUCCUGGGUAAAGGUUCCUUUGGUCAGGUGGUAAAAGCCCUGGAUCAUAAGACGGGACAACAUGUUGCUGUUAAAAUAAUACGCAAUAAGAAGAGAUUUCACCAACAAGCUCUAGUUGAGGUUAAAAUUUUAGAACACCUACGUAAAAAGGAUAAAGAAAACAAUUACAAUCUCAUACACAUGAUUGACUAUUUCUACUUUAGGAAUCAUUUGUGCAUAAGCUUUGAACUCAUGGGCAUGAAUUUAUAUGAAUUGAUAAAGAAAAACAAUUUUCAAGGAUUUAGUCUCGCUCUGAUAAGAAGGUUUGCUUAUUCCUUACUUCAAUGCCUAAGAGUUUUGGACAAGGAGAAGAUCAUUCACUGCGAUUUAAAACCGGAAAACAUUUUGCUACGACAAAGAGGGCAAAGCUCCAUUAAAGUAAUAGACUUUGGUUCGAGUUGUUAUGAGCAUCAAAGAGUGUACACGUACAUACAAAGCCGUUUCUAUCGUUCACCCGAGGUCAUUUUGGGUAUUCCUUACAACAUGGCGAUUGAUAUGUGGAGUUUUGGAUGUAUUCUUGCUGAACUCUACACUGGGUAUCCUCUGUUUCCCGGUGAAAAUGAAGUAGAACAGUUAGCGUGUAUAAUGGAGAUUUUAGGCAAACCACCACCAAGCGUAUUGGAGCCAGCUUCAAGAAGACGGAUCUUCUUCGAUUCCAAAGGAAACCCACGCAGCUUGACGAACUCCAAAGGAAAGAAACGACAAGUCAAUGGCAAAGAACUCAAUGCAGCACUGAAGACAAACGACGCCUUGUUUGUGGACUUUAUCAGAGGCUGCUUAGAAUGGGACCCAGCAGCUCGUUUGACCCCUGAUGAAGCUUUCCAGCAUGAAUGGAUACAAGAGGGACGUCAAAGACAUCGCGGGACAUCUCGCCUCACUUCCCGACAGAAGGCCACCACGGAUGCGCACAAUCCUUCAGAGACAAUUCCGAAAGGACCUACCACAAUUCCUGCAGAGGCCAGCAAAGGGCAUGCUGAAGGUGGCUUGAUGAAACGAAGUGCACGAACGCGAGAAAGAUUACAACCUAUCGGAGCCGACGCCUCGCAUACGGUUCACCAUGACAGUAACAACAAUAUCACUAAGCCGGCGGAGACUGGGACCGAGACAAAAGGAGCAGUGGCACCGCUGACGAAGAGAAUCACUACAGAGGUCGUGAAGGAGAAACCUGGAACAGCUAAUAAAGCGAAUGAUAUUGAAGAAGAUAGAACUGAAGAAAUCAGUGUAGUAGAAGGGGGACAAUUCUUACCUCCUAUCAAAUGAGAGAAUGGAUUUAAGUCUCUUCAGCGAGAGGGGAUAUGCCUUAGAUUUUAAUUGCGAUACCACAUUGGAUGUAUCGAAAUUGAAUUUGACCCGCGAGCUGCGAAUUCUUUGACUACAGACCUUUUUAAUCGGAACUGAUUUUAAGACUGACUUUUAAACUGAGGGUUAUUUUCUAUCUGUGAUUUUAAUUUUUUUCUUUCAUACAUUAAUAUUUUAUACAGACAGAGCGCUAGUUAACUGGUACAUCGUUUUUGGUAUAGUGAAUGAGGUAAUAUUACAACAGUGUUUUCUAUUUUCGUACCACGACUUUAAUUGGUUCUUGUAUAUAUGAAAAUAUCUCAUUUUAAAAGGAUCAUGAUCAAAGUUUCACCAAAAAAAAAAUCGUUCAUAAAUUGUACUUUGGGUUUUUACCCCCGCGGGAAACAUUUUCCCUCGUUUGACAUAAAAAUUGUAAGGAAAACUUCAAAGAUUUUGAAAGAAAAUGUUCAUAACAUGUACAGAAAUUUUGCAAGGAAAGAAGCGGUAUUCAUAUAUUUCUUUUCCAACUGAAUUAUCAGAAUCUUUCAACUAUUAAUGUGGAAAUAGUUUCGAAGACAGAAGACUUUUUUGCGUUAACCAGACAAUCCAGUAAGGACAGAAAUGUAUAGGUGUCUUUAGGAAAACGUUGUCGCCGUUUGGAGUUUAACAGAGUGAAAUUAUUUAUUUGUCUGUAAAUUGAAGGACAAAAAAAAAGUUGUAUAUUUAAUUUUGAUAUACGAGUGCUUGGAUAUUUAAUUCACAAGAUGUGUUUUAAUAUAUUUGAUGAGUUGUGUUAAUAUAUUUUUAUAAAUUAUUUAUGAGAGAAAGAAAAUUGCAGUGAAUAUUUAAGUGUGGUAUCAAAACGGUGUGUCUUGAAUUACGUGGUUAUUUUCCUAGCUCGAAAUCCAUUAAUAUAUUUAGGAUGCAGAAGAAAAUCCUUGGGUUUGUUUUAAGGAGAAAAAUAUUGUAAAUUUCUUAAGCCCUAAAUGUAAUCAGAAAUUUAAUUCUUCUUGUGAUGUUAAUACGUUAUGAAGCAAACUGAAGUACAUGUUAAAUUAAAUUUCAUCCACGACAUGCAUCGUUCAUAACUGUUCACUGUCAGGAGUAUUUGAAAACUGGCAGAUCUUUGUACGCUUAAGGUUAUCUUCGAAUACGAUUAUGAUCCCCUGCCCUUUUUAAACUAAACAGAGAAUUUUCUAAUUGUAAAAAGAAAUCUUUAUCUGAGUGGAGGAUUCUCCGUGGAAAUAUCUUGUUACGUGCAGGAUUCAAUAAACUGGCUG